UUGACAAUAUCUAAGUUAAAAUAAAAUCAUAAUUUCAACUGUUAUGUAUAGUUGAAUGAGCCAUGUAAAUUUAGAGCGCCACAAAAUGCUCGGGACGCUUAUUUUCUUUCUUUCAACAUGGCGUCGGACGAUGAUAAUAUUAUGGAAGAGUUAAUUGAAGUAGAAGUUUUGUUGGAUCGGGAUCUUAUAGAUUUGCUAAAAUCAUUUCAACUUUCGGAUUUGGCUAUUGAACAGUUUGUCACAAAUGGCUACGAUACCGCUUCAUUGAAACUAAUUGAACGAGAGGAAGUGGAGGCCUUGCUUCCGCAGCCAUUACUAGCGGACAGAACAAAAUCCAUUGAUGGACUGAAUAAAUGGCGAAUAUCUCAAGGUCUACGGCCGGUCACACAACCUCUAAAAGCAAAUAAUCUGCCCAAUAAUUCAGCAACAAACGAAUCGUCUUUGAGAACUCCACUGGGAGUACGAUUGAGAGAUCAAUGGACGUCCCAGAAACUAAUCUGCCGGUCCAAAAAAGGAAAACAAAUAUUGGAGAACUUCAAAACCACUAACAUUCUGCCCAAAAAGGAUCGGAUUCUCAUCACUCAUCUCAUUGUCGAUGAAUUUGCUGACGAAUUUGGCAAGCUAACCCGAGAAGAGCUUGUUAGAAGAUCAGCGGAGUUAGCAGUUUUAUUUCCGACAAUCGAGCAGAACAUUUGGUACCAACCUUCGUUUUACCGUGACGCAAGUGGCAAGAAAAUAAAAACGGGCCGUGUUGCAAAAGGUUGUUUAUACGACCGAAAUAACAAUUAUCAGGCGGGAGGCUACAGAACCAAGCAGGCACCGGAGUCCGUUAAAAACGAAAAUUCAGAUCAACAGCUGGAUAUUACCAUCACUGAAGACGCAGUAACUGCAUACGAUGAAACCAAGAGAUGGUUUAAACAUCAUCACGAUGAAUGGGAAGAAGUUAAGAAGCGCUGGGAAUCAACAAGCGUAGUUCGUUUGCAUGAAAUAGGUAAACAGAAGCCUACGUCGUUGCAGUGUAUUUUUGAAGAGUAUCCUGUGCUCCGAACUAGUGAAGGCUACCAGCUGGUAAAAGUAGAUUUCAACCAGAAACAUCCCGAGAAAGCUGAUCUACUGUUCAACCGUUUUGGAGACUUUCGCAAUCGUGCACAAGUUGUUUUCAAAAGUGAAGUAUCUCCACAAUGCAAGCCUCUAUGCGACUUUUUGCAAGAAGAUUUGUCCGAUGAUUCUCGUGACUGUAUCACAACGCUGCUCAUCUUCUACAUUUGGCCGAGCACGUUUAUGCGUCUUCCGAAUGGAACGAAGUGGAAGCCAUCACUCCGGGAAGUCUGUGAUAGCACCAUAAUCUUCUUGAAUUCGUUGACCGAGUACGAGACGGAGCUUACCCGACUUAGCAAGCAAAAUAAAAAGAGAGGACUGCCGGAUUAUCCCGUUGUUGUAGUGGUCGGCGAAGGUAUCACUAUUGCCAACCAGUUUUUGGUUUGUUUCAAGGAUAUUUCCUACAAAGCAGAAACCUUCCUGAAAGCUGUGGACAUCACUUUCAAAAUAUACAAAGCUUAUGGAAUAAAUUUUCCAUUGGAAGCAACGGGGCCUUGGCAGUUUAUUGCGAGUUAUAUAUACGAUUUUGAACUUCCGGAAGAUCGUCAUAAGGCCAGAAUCCUAACACUUAUGUCAACCCUUCGUAAUCAACUAACUUCAGAAUGAUUGCAUGUUUUAUUCCCGGCUGCAGAUGGAAGACGACGUGCCCAACACUCUUCGGGCUGCAUCUACGACGACUCCAUGAGCCGAUUGACGUUUAUACCUGCUCGGAACCAAAUUGCGGAAGAAGAUUUAGUGUGAGAUGUUCGUUUAUUGCUCACAUUAAGAAACAUGCAAGAAAUGAUUUAGUUGACGUUGAAAGUAGAAUAGGUAGAGAACAAAAUACGACUGCAAGUGAACUGUGUUUAAUAGAUGGAAGAGCAAAAAACGAUUAUUUUGAUUCUAAUGAUUGUACUACGAAGAAAGAAGAAACGACUAGUACCAAACA